GGUCCACAUUUAAUGGCUAUGAAUAAGCCUUGGCAUCCAGAACAUUUUCUGUGUCGUGAAUGUGGAAAGUCUUUGAGGGGUAUAGAAUUUAUCGAAAACGACGGUUUUCCGUACUGUGUAGAGGACUACUAUAAUCUAUUUGGAAACAAAUGUGCUGGCUGUGGCGAACCAAUUAAGGAGAACUAUAUUAAUGCAAUUGGUAAAACUUGGCAUGCAGAACACUUUGUUUGCUGUUUGUGUGAUAAACAGUUGGGAAAUAUUCCGUUUCAUGUCGAUAAUGGUAAACCUUACUGUGAAUUUCAUUAUGAAGAGUUAUUUGCAACUAGAUGUCAUAAAUGUGAUGAAGCUGUAAAAGCUGGAGAGCAGUGGAUUGAAGCCCUGGGUCAUAAUUGGCACAAAAGAUGCUUUCGAUGUGUGGAGUGCCAAAUUGAACUUCAUGGAAAGAGCUUUUAUUCGCGAGAAGACCAUCCAUACUGCAGUGAGCAUAGGCAUCUUAUUUCAACCUAA